UUUUGCAAGAAGAUUGAAGAUGAGAUUGCAUAAGGCGGUACGGAGCUCGUACGUUACUGAUGUGACUGCUGCCUCGCGAUCUUAUAUAUCAAGAGGAGAGCAGAUCAGAGGGUCAGCUAGGAAAUCUUCUUCGAGACCGUGCUCGCUGUGAAGCCGAGCCGAGAACAUUUGCAAUAAUGCCAUCGGUGCGUCUCACGCCAGCCCGCUGGCUGAUGCAAUCGCACUACACGAGAUUCGGCUUUCAGUCUUCUCUCUCUUCUUCGGUGAGCAUGCGAAGGAGGGUGGAGGGAAGUGGGGCCAGUUUCUCAUGUGUGUCUCGUUGGCCUGUCGGAUCGAGAGAAGUGUAAGGAUUUUGAAUUGCUACCUUCCCGGGCCUUGCUCUCUUUGGUGUGUACCUGGGUUUCAAUGCUUCACUUCAAUAUUCAAUCACUGAUAAACGAGUGAUUGCGCCGGCCUUGGUAGCGUGUAUGAUCUGGUGCUAGCACUCUGCCCUUGUCUCAGCAAGCAAUAGUGCAUACACCUCUAAAGAUAUGAAUUACAGGCGCGGGUGGUUUUAUAGGAUACCAUCUGUGUGAGCCUCUCAAAUGGAACAGGGAACAUAGUAUAAUCGCUGUGGAUAUCUUUUGCGACAAGCAUCCACAUCUCCCAAAUCCCGGCGAAGAAUAGAGCCAUAGCAUUGAUUUCUUCAUGAUCAAUAUCAAGCAUGAUCCUCAGACUGCAAAUCUGAUCAAGAUAUCUGAUGUGGUAAUCAAUUUGGCCGCCAUCUGCACAGCGGCAGACCACAACACAUGUCCUCUAGAUAAGAUAUACAGUAACUUCACUGACGCUUUGCCGGUGCGAUUCUGUAGAGAUUACAAAAAACUACUGAUUCAUUUCUCGACCUGUGAAGUAUAUGGGAAGACUAUAGGUAGCUCUUACCCGAAGAAUGAUCAGGCAUUAAACCAUUGGGAUUGCUCUCUUCAUUGCUCAACACGAACACAUGUUUACAUAAUGGACUGUUAA